UCAGUCAUCAAUGUGCUGUGUGAAUACGGAGGUUACUUUGGUGAUUGUGUUGUUUCUCUUCAAUCUCUUCUCUCUUUCUUAAUUUCUGCUCAGUCCUCUACUCCGCCCUCUCCUUUCUUUCAGAAAGAAAGCAGUGAUGAGGGCAAAGAGCAACAAAGAGAGAGAGAGAAAGGGAUAGAGCGAGCGAAACGACAGCCUCAGGAACGACAGACGACGACAGAGAUAGAGAGAGAGAAAAGAAGAAUUGUUUUGAGGAGAAGCGGAAGAAAACGAUACCUGAGAGCCUUUGUAACCCUUUUACUGCAACUCUAACUGAUUAGACCUGGGAAAAAGGGUUACGUUCUUAAGAAGAUGAAGAAGAAAGCUUGAGAAUUCUUGUUAUUCUUGCCCAGAAAAGGCGAAAUUCCGAUUGUUAUUCUAUGUCUGGAGAUUAUCAUCAUCAUCCUCAUACUCAUCCAACAGGAAUCUUCAGUUUCUCGAAUGGGUUCGAGAGAUCGCCGGCGGAACAGCAGCAGCAGCAGCAACAUGUAGCUCAGCAUAUUCGCAGGGAGAAGAUGAGGGUGCAAGGGUUUGAGCCGCCGCCGCCGCCUUUGGUUGGGAUAGAGGAAGAACAGGCCGGUGGGCUUCAGGUAUACGAGACCGCUGGAAUGUUGUCUGAGAUGUUUAAUUUUCAGGCGGGGACGGCGACGGAGUUGCUGGAGAAUCAGAUAUCUCAGAGUUAUCGGAACGCGAAUCCUCGGCCGCCGGGAAUAGGGAGCGAGUGGUAUGGGAAGAAUCCUAGUCAUCAGCAACAACAAAAUAUGUCGGGGAUUAAUGCGGCGGCGGCGGUGGCGGACAUGCAGCUUUUCCUCAUGAAUCCACAGCCGAGGUCGCCGUCGCCGUCGCCGUCUCACCCCCACCAGCCGCCGUCCACGUUGCACAUGUUACUUCCUAAUCCCUCGCCCACCUCCACUCUCCAAGGGUUUCACACCCAACCGGGAGGUCCUUUCGGUCAAUUCACGUGGAUUCCGGAUAGCAGCAACGGCGGAGGACCCGCAAACACCGCGGAAAUCGGCGGCGUCAACGUUGUCGAAGCUCAAGGCCUGUCGUUAUCCCUGUCGUCUUCCUUACAACACCUGGAAGCCGCUAAAGCCGAGGAGCUCCGGAUGGGCGAAGACGGCGGAAUGCUAUUCUUCAGUCAAGCUGCACCCGGAUCCGCCUCCGCUCAAUACCCAUACAACAAAACUCUAAAUCUCACUAGCGGCGGUGGCGCCGCCGCCGGAGGACACCAAUUUCUCCAAACGCUGCAUAAUCUCCCCGGCGGCGGCCUAGUAGGCCAAAACCACCAAGUCCACUUCGGGUCUUCUCUAGGAAUCGUGAAUGCACUGAGAAACUCCAAGUACGCCAAACCCGCCCAAGAAUUGUUAGAAGAAUUCUGCAGCGUCGGUAGAGGUCAACUCAAGAACCAGAAGACCGGAAAACUCAUCAACGCCGCCGCCACCCAAAACCCUAAUUCCAAUCCCAACACCUCCACCUCCCCUUCUUCCUCAAAGGAUCCUCCUCCCUUAUCCCCCUCAGAUCGCCUCGAACAUCAACGCCGGAAAGUCAAACUCCUAUCCAUGCUUGACGAGGUGGACAGAAGGUACAGCCAUUACUGCGAGCAAAUGCAAAUGGUGGUGAAUUCGUUCGAUUUGGUGAUGGGGUUCGGGGCGGCGGUGCCGUACACAUCGCUGGCUCAGAGGGCGAUGUCCCGGCACUUCCGGUGUCUGAAAGACGCCAUCGCCGCCCAGCUGAAGCACAGCUGCGAGCUCCUGGGGGAGAAAGACGCCGGCACCUCCGGCAUCACUAAAGGCGAGACUCCUCGGCUUAGGAUGCUGGAACAAAGCCUGAGACAACAACGUGCGUUCCAUCAAAUGGGGAUGAUGGAACAAGAAGCUUGGCGACCUCAACGAGGCCUGCCCGAACGCUCCGUCAACAUCUUACGGGCUUGGCUCUUCGAGCACUUUCUCCACCCGUACCCAAGCGAUGCAGAUAAACACCUAUUGGCUCGACAGACCGGUCUCUCCCGUAACCAGGUGUCGAACUGGUUCAUUAAUGCCAGGGUGCGGUUGUGGAAACCCAUGGUAGAAGAGAUGUACCAGCAAGAAGCCCAGGAAGAAGAUGAAGAUGGGGAGAAAAUUCAGGACAGUCCCAACAGUGGAAAUAAUAAUACUGCACAAAUGUCACCGCCUAAUAGUAGCAAUUCUCCCCCACCCCCACUCCCACCACCCGCUGCCGCUGCCGCUGUCACAACCGCGUCAAUUACGCCCACAACGACAGCCCCAACAGGCAAAAGAUCCGAAUUCAAUGACCGUGAAAGCGACCCUUCACUCCUCGCAAUCAACACCCAACGCUGCUUCUCCCAAACCCAAUCCAAAUCCUCCUCGGCCGCGCUUCCGGCCGCCCAGUCUUUCCCCGCCGUUCUCAGCGCCAGUUUUGGCGCCCCUUCUGACAUUGGGCCCUCCACGCUCAUCAGGUUCGGGACUAGUGCUGCCGCCGCAGCAGCCGCCGGCGAUGUGUCGCUCACCCUGGGGUUGCGCCACGACGGAAACUUGCCGGAGAAGACACAUUUUUUCGACUAGAUGCAUGGCCGUAGUUCUGCGCAUGCAUGCAUGCAUGCAUGGCUGCUGCAUGCGGAUUAAUUUAUACAGAUUGAAAAAACCAUCCACAUAAAUCUUAAAAAUUUGGACAAUUAAAUUAUAUUAUUCUUCUUUUUUUUUUUUGGGGCGAAGAGAAAAACCCGCAUAUAUUAUUCUUCGUAGUUAUUGCUUCUUGUGUCAAUCAUAUAUAUAUUCAUCUAGACAAAUACAUAUAAUUAAUAACAAAGGAUAGCAUAUAA